AUGGACGGGCGGACACAGGAGGCCGGGACCCCGCGCCCUCCGCAGCCGCAUCCCGAGCCCGCGGCGCCCUGCGUCCGCCCGACAGCACCAGGCGCGGCCCCGAGGUCGCCCCGCUCCUGCCGCAGCUCCGCGGCCGCGUCGGGUCGGGCCAGCGCCGGGUCCGCUCGGAGUCUGCUUGGGGCCGCGCCCGCCACGGCUGAGCUGGGGGCACGGAGCGGCCACGCGGGCACCGGGCCUCGGGCGCGCAGGAGGCGUGCGGCGUCGCAGGGCACCGCAGACCGGGCACCGCGAACCGGGCGCCGGGGACCAGGGCACCGCAGACCAGGGCACCGCGGACCAGGGCACCGCAGACCGGGCACCGCAGACCAGGGCACCGCGGACCAGGGCACCGCGGACCAGGGCACCGCAGACCGGGCACCGCAGACCAGGGCACCGCGGACCAGGGCACCGCAGACCGGGCACCGCAGACCAGGGCACCGCGGACCAGGGCACCGCAGACCGGGCACCGCAGACCAGGGCACCGCGGACCAGGGCACCGCGGACCAGGGCACCGCAGACCGGGCACCGCAGACCAGGGCACCGCAGACCAGGGCACCGCGGACCAGGGCACCGCGGACCAGUGCACCGCAGACCAGGGCACCGCAGACCAGGACACCGCAGACCGGGCACCGCAGACCAGGGCACCGCAGACCGGGCACCGCAGACCAGGGCACCGCGGACCAGGGCACCGCAGACCGGGCGCCGCGGACCAGGGCACCGCAGACCAGGGCACCGCAGACCAGGGCACCGCGGACCAGGGCACCGCGAACCGGGCACCGCGAACCGGGCGCCGCGGACCAGGGCACCGCAGACCGGGCACCACAGACCAGGGCACCGCAGACCGGGCGCCGCGAACCGGGCGCCGCGGACCAGGGCACCGCGGACCAGGGCACCGCAGACCGGGCACCGCGAACCGGGCGCCGCGGACCGGGCACCGCAGACCAGGGCACCGCGGACCAGGGCACCGCGGACCAGGGCACCGCGGACCAGGGCACCGCGGAUCGGGCACCGCAGACCCGGCACCGCGGACCAGGGCACCGCAAACAGGGCACUGGGGCUCCCCCUCCCCCGCCCCGCCCCCCGCCCCCUCUCGCCCCCAGUCCUCCCCCCCCACGGCCCCGCCCUCGGUUCGCCCCCUCCCCCACCCCCCACCCCCCGCCGGACGGGGCCCCUGGCGGCUGCAGCCUGGAGCUGCGGGGUCCCCGGGGCCACGCGCUCCACGCAAGUGACUGGGGGGGCGGCGGUGCCCGGCCUGUCUCCCAGGGGAGGUCUGCGGGGCUGCGUGCGCGCCUCCGAAGGACUCCGGGGACCUGGGAGCUGGGUCCCGGCCGGCGCGAGGGGCCACCUGAGCUCGGGCGUGGGAGCCUCGGGCCUCGGCGUCUCCCCAGGGCUGGGAACGCCUGCAGGUGCUCCCGGCCCCAGGGCCCGCGGGCGCAGGGGCCUUCGCAGGCGGACGAGGCGGCCUGGCCCCUGUGGGCAGAGCUGCUUGGGGAGGCUCCAGGGGACGCGGCCUCGGGCUCCGGGCUCGGCGGCAGGGCCCCGGUCAGUCCCGCUUUGUGCAACGUUCCACGGCGGCGAGGACGCGGUGAUGGGAGGCUGCUGGAGCGGCCCGAGCAGGAGCGGGUCGGCGCGGCGGCGUCUCGCCUCUCGGCUCGGCUCGCGGGUGGCUGGGGCUCAGGGGCAGAGCGAGCCGGCGGGUGGUCCCUGGGGCAGACGACACAGGACAUCACGGACAAGAAAAUGCCCCAAGGUCCCGGAGACCCUCCCUGGAGGCGGCGGCAAGAGCAGGGUGCCUCGCACCCCGCGCCCUGCCCUUUCCCCCCCGGACCCCCAGGCCUCUGCCCUGCCAGUCGCCUCCCCCGCCUCCCCGACUGCAGCGGCACUGAUCCCCUCCCCUCGGGGCUGGGGCCUGGCCCCGCCUCCGGCCUACAUGAUGCCUCACGGGGCUCGGGGCAGGUGUGGACGCUGCGCCUGUGUCGCGGAGCAGGUGUGGACGCCGCGCCUGUGUCCCGCCCACAGCAGAAGCGGCCGGGCCCGUGCGCCCCGUCCUACCGUCCAUCUGUAAGAAGAGCCCCUCAAAAGCAGUGUGGAAAUGCCAGUGGUGGCGAUACCUGGUGCCCGCGGGGCCCUGGGGGGCUGACUGCCGCGCUGCCCCCACCCGGGCCACCCCCUCUCGGGGCCGCGGGCACACGUGCCCUUGAUGCCCUUGAGCGGCGCCUGCAGGAGCUCGAGCGCCGCGAGGUCCUGGGCCCUGUGGACCUUUAG